GAGUUGGUAACCUGGAAAGUACAAUGAUACAACAGCUGAUACAUAAAUAUACUGACAAAAGAGGCUAAGACAAUAAUGAUUAAACAUGGCUCUGUUGGAACUCUACACCGAGUACAACAGAGUGUGGAUACCAGACGCAGGUCAUGUGUGGAGAUCAGCUGAGAUUCUGAGAGACUUUCAUCUUGGAGAUAAUGUUCUUGACUUGCUUCUUGAAGAUGGCACUGAGAACCACUACCCUGUUGACCCGGCAAAACCACAACUCCCUCCUCUUCGCAACCCGGACAUCUUGGUGGGGGAGAACGACCUCACGGCUCUCAGCUACCUGCAUGAACCUGCAGUCCUGCACAACCUUAAAGUGCGCUUUGUGGAGUCCAAAAUCAUCUACACCUACUGUGGUAUUAUACUGGUAGCUGUAAAUCCUUACAAACAGCUUCAUAUCUAUGGAGAUGCAAUCAUUCAUGCCUACUCAGGCCAGAACAUGGGAGACAUGGACCCUCACAUAUUUGCAGUAGCAGAGGAAGCAUACAAACAGAUGGCCAGAAACCACAAGAACCAGUCCAUCAUCGUCAGUGGUGAAUCUGGAGCCGGGAAAACAGUGUCUGCUCGGUACGCUAUGAGGUACUUUGCUGUUGUAAGCAAAUCUGGAAGUAAGACUCGAGUUGAAGACAAAGUUCUGGCAUCCAAUCCGAUAACAGAGGCAAUAGGAAAUGCAAAGACCACCAGGAAUGACAACAGCAGCCGUUUUGGGAAAUACACAGAGAUCGGCUUUGACAGGCGGUACCGGAUCAUUGGAGCGAACAUGAGGACCUAUCUCUUAGAGAAAUCCAGAGUCGUUUUUCAGGCAGACAACGAGCGAAACUAUCACAUCUUCUACCAGAUGUGUUCCUGUGCUCACCUGCCUGAGUUCAAGAAUCUAAAACUGUUGAGUGCAGAUGAGUUUGCGUACACCUGCAUGGGCGGUGAGAUCACUAUUGAAGGUGUGGAUGAUGAGAAAGACAUGGAGGAGACUCGGCGGACCUUCUCACUCCUGGGAUUGAUGGAGGACUUUCAGUCAGAUGUGUUCAAAGUGUUGGCAGCAGUUCUGCAUUUGGGGAAUUUGGAAAUCAAAAACUCUGGAGAUGGAAAAUCAUCAGUUCCACCCAGCGAUCCACACCUGGCAGUCUUCUGUGAGUUGCUGGGUGUGAGUGCAGAGGGUUUGGCUCGCUGGCUGUGCCACCGGAGGAUUGUUCUGGUGGCGGAGACGGUGGUGAAGCCGGUGCCCAAGGAGCGGGCUGUAAACGCCAGAGAUGCCCUAGCCAAGCAGAUCUAUGCCCACCUGUUUGACUGCAUCAUCAACAAGAUAAACACAGCACUGCAGGUUCCAGGAAAGCAACACGCUUUCAUUGGUGUUCUGGACAUUUAUGGGUUUGAAACAUUUGACAUCAACAGCUUUGAACAGUUUUGUAUCAACUAUGCAAAUGAGAAGCUUCAGCAGCAGUUUAACUUGCACGUGUUCAAGCUGGAGCAAGAGGAGUACAUGAAAGAGGACAUCCCAUGGACGUUGAUAGAUUUCUAUGACAACCAGCCGGUCAUUGACCUGAUUGAAGCAAAGAUGGGGAUCCUGGACUUGCUUGAUGAAGAAUGUUUGUUUCCUCAGGGCACAGAUCGAAGCUGGCUGCAAAAGCUCUUCAAAUAUCUCGAUGCCAACCCUCUGUUUGAGAAGCCCAGGUUAUCAAAUGAGGCGUUUGUGAUUCAACACUUUGCCGACAAGGUGGAAUAUCAAUGCAGAGGCUUUCUAGAAAAGAACAGAGACACUCUCUAUGAGGAACUGGUUGACAUUUUGAGAGUCAGUGAGUUUCCUUUUGUGGCCAACUUUUUCCAAGAGGAGAAGCAAAAACCUGUGACCACGAAAGUUGUCAAAGUGAGGCCCGCCAGACCCGUAGUGAAACCAGCCAAUAAACAGCAGAGAGCCUCAGUGGGAGAUAAGUUCUGCAGCUCCCUCUCUUUACUGAUGGAAACACUGAAUGCUACCACCCCUCAUUAUGUGCGCUGCAUUAAGCCCAAUGACGAAAAGCUCCCAUUUGAAUAUGACUCCAGGAGGGUGGUGCAGCAGCUGCGAGCCUGUGGAGUCCUGGAAACUAUUCGUAUUAGUGCACAGAGCUAUCCCUCCAGGUGGACAUACAUUGAGUUUUACAGCCGAUACAGUAUCCUAAUGUCACAUCAGGAGGGAGACCUCAGUGACAAGAAACAGACCUGCAAGAACGUGCUGCAGAGGUUGAUUCAGGACUCCAACCAGUACAAGUUUGGUCGGACAAAGAUCUUCUUCCGGGCUGGUCAGGUAGCUUAUCUGGAGAAGCUGCGUCUGGACCGGCUGAGAGGAGCCUGUGUGACCCUGCAGAAACACGUCCGCGGGUGGAGCAAGAGGAGGAAGUUCCUGCGCAUGAGAGAGGCGGCCAUCAUCCUGCAACAGUACAUCCGGGGAACAAAGACAAUCCGUAAAACAGUGACUGCUGCGGCUCUGAAGCAGGGCUGGGCAGCGCUGGUGAUCCAGAGGUGCUGGAGAGGUUACCGCAUGAGACAGAUCUUCCAUUUAGUCCGUGUGGCCACCGUCACCAUCCAGUCCUUCACACGAGGCUGGAUUGCCCGUAAACGCUACAAAAAGAUGGUGGAGGAGCAGAAAGCCCUGAUUUUACAGAAGUACGCCCGAGCAUGGCUGGCACGGCGGCGUUUUCAGACCAUGCGUCGGCUGGUGAUCAACGUCCAGCUCUCCUUCAGGGUGCAGCAGCUCAGGAAGAAGAUUGAAGAGCAGAACAAAGAGAACCGUGGACUGAUGGAAAGACUCUCAAGCUUGGCCAACUCCCACUCUCACACCGUGGACAGGCUGCACGGUCUGGAGGCGCAACUGGAAAAAUCAACCAACCAGAAAGUGUCUUUGGAGGCCAGAGAGAAGAAAGUGAAAGAAGAUGCUCGCCAGCAGAUAACAACACAGCUUCAGAAGGAAAUAGAUGCACUCAAACUUGAGAAGCAGAACUUGGAGAAAAAGUUUGACGCUUCUUCCAAAGAAGCCAAAGAGAGCUUUGACCAUAUGAAGACGAAUCUUCAGGAAGAGAAAGAACAUGAAGCAAGGUUUAGAAACAGAGUUGCAGAGAACAACAUUGAGAUCCAGAGGAUUGACCACGAGAAGGAGGUGGAAACUCUGAAAGAGGGGAUUAAGAGAUUGAAAGAGGAGAGAGUCAGCCUGCAGAGAAAGAUCGAGGAGGGGGACCAGGUGAACGCUGACCUACAGGAGCAGGUCAUCCAACUCACCAAACAUGUCAAAAUCAUUCCCGAGCUACGGAAGGAUCUCAACAACCUGCAGAACCAGAGAAAUAACAUGGACCGGAAGAUGAAAGAGCAGUCGGAACAAGCCAGAGCUAAAAUGAACGAUAUCACGAGACAACUUCUUGGUGGUAUCGUUGAAGAGAACGUUCUUUUGGGGCUAACUCCAGACGACUCUGAGAAGAUCUGUGAAGUUGAAGAUUUGCUGGCAGCCUUUGAUGGUCUUCAGAAAGCUACCAGAAUCCUGGAAAACCACCAGAGGGAGCAGAAGGAGGGCUGUGAGACCCAAGUGGAAGGCUUUAAAUUGAAAGUGGACCACCUUGAAAAUGAGAACAGCAAGUUGCAAAACCUGUUCCAGGAGAAAAGUAACGUCAACGAGAACAUUCGCCAAGAACUGUCCAGGCUCAGCAGCGAGAACUCAGUUAUCCCGGAGCUGAAAGUUCAGGCUUUAGAGCUUCAGAGACAAAAACAAGAUUUGGAGGCCCGUGUAGAGGAGCAGAGCAGAGAACUAACAGACAAAACUGAAGAGAUCACAAACGUGCUUCAAAAGAAGAUUCAAGAAGAGAGCUCACAACGGAGGCACUUUGAGGAGAAAAGUGAAGAGCUGGAGGAGUUGAAGAGGGAGCUCAAAGGCAGAGUGGAGGAGCUGGGAGAGGAGAACGAUCACUUGAAGAGACAGCUGCAGAUGGAGAGCGAGGCCAAGAGCAAACUGAGACAGGAGACUUCACAGUUAACCGCUGACAAUAUGGACUUUGAGGAGCAGCUCGACCAGAAAGACCGAUUAAUAAAGAAGCUCCAGAAGCAAAUGAAAAGCCUUGAAACAUCACAGAGAGCAAAGCAAACGUCUGCGCCUGCAAUCCCCAAAGACUUCCUCGGCAUGUUGGAGUACAAGAGAGAGGAUGAAUCCAGACUCAUUCAAAACAUCAUUCUGGAUCUGAAGCCCAAAGGUGUGGUGGUCAACAUGAUCCCCGGGCUGCCGGCUUACAUCCUCUUCAUGUGCGUGCGCCACGCCGACUACCUCAACGAUGAAGUCAAACUCAAGACUCUCAUGAAUGGAGUCAUCGGUGCUGUCAAAAAAGUCAUCAUGAGUCACCACAAAGACUUUGAGUUGCUGUCCUUUUGGCUCUCCAACAUGUAUCAGCUGCUCAACUGUCUGAAGCAGUACAGCGGGGAGGAGGAGUUCCUAAAAGAAAAUACUCCCUGCCAGAACAAACACUGCCUGCAGAACUUUGAUUUGUCUGAACACAGACAGAUUCUCAGCGACCUGGCCAUUCAAAUCUACCAUCAGUUCAUCUCAAUCAUGGAGAAGACCCUCUCUCCUGCAAUUGUUCCUGGUAUGCUGGAGCACGAGAGUCUACAAGGGAUUUCCAGCAUGAAGCCGACGGGUUUUAGAAAGCGUUCGAACAGCAUCUACGAGGACUCAGAGACACACACCAUCUCCUCCAUCGUUCAGCAGCUCAGUGUCUUCCAAUCCACCAUGAGCCAGCAUGGCAUGGAGCAGCGCCUCAUCAAACAGGCUGUCAAACAAAUGUUCUACCAAGUGGGAGCGACCACCCUCAACAACAUCAUGCUGCGCAAAGACAUGUGCUCCUGCAGGAAGGGGAUGCAAAUCAGGUGUAACAUCAGUUACCUGGAGGAAUGGCUGAAGGAGAAGGAGCUGCAGAGCUCGAAUGCGAUGGACACUCUGAAGCCGUUGUCUCAGGCCGCCUGGCUGCUGCAGGUCAACAAGUCCACCGACGAGGACGCCAAGGAGAUCACCGGCACAUGCACUGAACUGAACCCCGUUCAGAUUGUCAAGAUUCUGAACUCCUACACCCCCAUUGAUGAUUUUGAGAAAAGAGUGACGUCGUCAUUUGUCCGAAAAGUUCAGUCGUUACUACAAGAUCGUGACGGGUCCACGCAGCUGAUGCUGGACUCAGAUUAUCGUUUCCAGGUCACGUUUCCUUUCUGCCCGUCCGCGCAGGCCCUGGAGCUGCUGCAGGUCCCCAGCAGCCUCCACCUGGGCUUCCUCUCCAGGAUCUGACACAGAUCCUGACCUUUCACUGCUCAUGACUGAUUCAUAGUGCAGCAACCUAUGGCUGUGUAUGUCAUUGUAUAUAUAAAUAUGUAAACACUUUAAAUAAACAGUAAACACCAUAUAGGUGUAAUAGAAGUCAUGUCUCGCAAUAAGGAAAUAUAUUUUCUAUAGAUUCUUAUUUUUUCAAGCAUUUAUUUUGUUCGAACUGCAACCCAUAUAUUCUCAUAUUAAGUUAAACCACAGAAAAUGAACCAGCUACAACUGUUUUUUUUUAAUUGAUUCGGUGUUUCAAUCUUCUCUCAAUAAAAACCCCAGCCAUUC